AUACUUAAAAAAAUGUUAACAAAAAACAUGAUAAUCAAGUUUUCCCUCUAAAAAAUAAAUUCAUAAACGAGUUAAAUGUAAUUGCAGAGACUGCCGCCACUGCGAAGCCAUUUUCGUUUUCCAUCUGAGAUAGAGAUGAACGGUGGAGGAGCUGAGGAUGCGGCGGAGUUGCACCACCAAACCCUAAAAGAAGGGGAGAGGAUUCUGGGGCCCACGCGCCGCCCCGACGGAACCCUACGCAAGCCUAUUCGCAUACGCCCGGGUUAUACGCCCCCGGAUGAAGUUCCUAAAUAUCAAUCCAAAGGUUCAAUGUGGAAGAAGGAGAUGUCGACGAUGCAAGAGGUGCCGCCGGGAUAUGAUCCGGUGGCGGAACCGAAACCCAAGUCGAAAUCAGCUAAGAGGAAUGAGAGGAAGAAAGAAAAGCGUCAGCAGGCUGCUCUUAACAAGGAUAAGGAUUCAGACCAAGAUGAUGAUCUGUCUGCUAAUUCCAACGAUUUGCCAGAAAAUGUGGAGUCGACUUCAUCAAAGAUGAGCUCUCUCUCUGUUUCCGAAAGUGCCUUGGCGGUUGCACCACCUACAGACUCAAAUUCAGAAGAUCAAGUUCAAGAUAUUGAUAAGAAGAUUCGAGCACUAAAAAAGAAGAUUCGUCUGACUGAAGCUCAGCAGCAAAAAACUCAGGAGGCAGACAUGAAACAGGAACAGCUGGAGAAGUUAUCCAAGUUAGAAGGUUGGCGCAGCGAGUUGAAGCUCUUAGAAGAUAAGAAAUCCCAACUUAGAGCAUCCAUUUCAUGAUGUGAUUCUUCAUUACCUACCUACUUCAACACAAAAGCCUGAACAUUUGCUUUCUCAAUGGAGCCUCAUUUAUGUUGAAUUACCCAACUGCCUUUCUCUUUUUUUUUUUAUUGAGAAUUCUCAUUUUAGUCAUUUGUUUCAUGAUGAAUGUUUAGAGUCAUAACUUUAACUUAUUUAUGUAUGCAUGCAUAUUCAAAUCUAAGUUUUAUUGACUUUGUAAUGCUCAAUUCAUAAAACAAAUAGUGGUGUUCACUUCUUUUUCCA